AUGUCCUAUUUCUCGUAUCCUGAAGUCUUGACGGAAGCGGCAGGCGUAAAAAUCGUAACGUCUCUGCCCAAGGAAGAUUUAAUAUUUUCGACAGGAAAGAUAGUUCUUAAAAUGCGGAAAGGCAAUGUGGAAUCAUAUAUACAUGGUAAAUCUUAUGGAUUUCAUUUGACCAAAUCAAAAUGGGAUCCCUAUCCGUGGGUCGGCUAUGUCGAGAAUAAUAGUCCUGCCGACUUAGCGGGAUUAAGAGCGGGUGAUUGUUUAUUGAGCAUUGAUGACACCGAUUUAUUGGGCUUAAAGAUCAAGGAUGUUGCUACUUUAAUUCAUAAUGAGGACGAUGUGCGAGAUUUAAAUUUUUCCAUUUGGAGAUACACGCAUCAAAAAGAAGAGCAGAAUGAUGGUGGGCUGGCUCUGAAGGGUCCACUUCCGAAUGUAGCUAGAAAUCUUGCAAAUGCAUUAUCAGGAACGGUCCGUGCCUUGGAAUGCCCGAUUUGUUUAGAAAGCGCUGCGCCUCCAGUCUCACAAUGUGUUCAUGGUCAUAUUUUGUGCGUCGUCUGUAGGCCGAAGACGACGCGUUGUCCGGUCUGCAGAGUCCGGCUCGGUCAAGGCCGAUGUCUUCUUGCAGAUAAAUUGCAUAGAGCACUUCGCGAUGCCUUUAACAUGGAUAAUGGCGAGAAGAUAGACAAAACAUCUGUCACGACCAAUCGUUAUAACUUACGUGACCAAUUGUUUGGUAAAACUAGCAAGAAGCAAGAGACUCCAAUUGUAAAUCAGUCAAAGAACAAUUGUACUACUUUGAAACCGAGACAAUUCUUAUUAGCCAGAUUGUUGCUCGGAGGCAGAGAAAAAGCUGCCUCCGUGGAUAAUCUAAUUCGAGUAUCUGACAUGUCGAAAGAAACCGUGACGAUUCCUGAUGGAGACGUUAACAGUUUACGCGUGCGAUUGAAUGAUCGCACUAAAUCAGCUAGUACCGGCGAAUUAUCGAAGGACAGCGAAGCUCGCAUUAAUGACUCUUCGCAAAUUGUUGGCGAAUCAGCUAUGGCCAAUGCUAGUCAGCAAUCACUGAGUUUACCUGAGACGCCAAUUUGGGGUGGUUCCACAGAUUCUGUGUCUUGUAUACAGCUGACAUGUCCGCUUUUGCAAUCUUGUACAGAAUUAGUGAUGCCUGACUCUCUCCUAGAACACAUCAAGACUCACAAAGUGCCGCAAAUUCAUUUUUAUUCUGGUAGCGCAAGAAUCCCGCUUCCACUUCCUUUUGGACGCGACGCUCUUUACAUAUUCCACCAUGGAAGUAAUAUGUUUUUCUUUCAGUAUGCAGACGAAAUAGCAUGGAUGACACAUCCUGCCAAGAUGGCGUAUUCAAACACAUGGGAAUGGAUAUUGCACGCUCGGGGUGACAAUGGUACAGAAGUACAAUUACGAAGACACGUAGCGAGUCUUGAGGAUUCCACGACAUUAUCUUCGCAGCAUAUUGUCCCAUUGCCAAAUGCAUUAUUGUUGAAAACCAUUGAAAUACAAAUAGCAGAAUAUGGAGCAAAUGAUAGAUUAUACAUGUGA